UUGGCCAUUGCCCAGAAGUCUUACAAAGCGAGGAAUGACAAGGAACUUUCUGUUCAGCCGGGCGAAUUUUUUGAGGUUCUGGAUGAUGCUGGUUCAUGGUGGUGCCUACGAGCUCCAUCAGGACGCACAGGUCACGUACCCAAGACCCAUCUCGAGUUAGUUCCAAACCCAUCAAGCAGGGAUUCGGAUCGUUACAAUGACCAAAACGUAGAUCCUAUCGUUGUUAAGGUGCCAGUAAUUGUUAAAGCCUCUGUCAAGCAUCAGGAGAUUGAAGAGCAGGUCAAAUCCAAACCACCGACACCACAGCCACCAACACAAGCAAACGCUAACCAAUCAGCAGUUGGUCAACAGCCAAUUUCCCUAACCCCACCGCCUCCAGUUCAACUACAACAACAACAGUACCCAGAACCCAGACAAGAAUUUCCGUCCUCAGUGACAGCACCAAGUGAACCAAAAAUUGGACCUUCAUCGAAUUACCCACCUCCCCCUCCCCAAAGCAUCUUUCCACCUGUCAGAUAUGGAGAACGACAACCAUACCAAACUGUAAUCAAAGAGGUGAUUCGUGAAGUGCCACCAUAUCGACACUAUCGUCGCAACAAGUCUAGGUACCAAAGUAAAAGAGAUGUUUCUCCACAGUAUUCGGUUGCAUCCGGUAGCACGUCUACAUCAAGUUCAUCGUCUGGAGUUGCAUCUUGGAUUUCUGACGGUGAACAACAUAGAGGAUCGUCUAGAAAUCGGCGAUCAAAGUCCCAAUUACAGACUCAUCGAUCGUCUCGACGAUCUGUUGCCCAGCUUUCUAAGACCGAAGCAUCGCCACCUCCACCUCACCAUUGUUGUCAUGGUGGAAAAGAUUGUCGAUACAGGAGUGUUUGCUGCUAUUCGUCUAAAGGUUCAAGAGCUAGGUCAACUAUAACCGAUGUAUCUCAACGAGAAUCAAGUAAAAAGAACCCCCACCAAUCUUCCCAAAAAGACCAACAACAGCAGCAGCCUCAACAGCCAAUGAUUAUUUUGCUCGAGGCUCCAAAGCAAGAACCCGCUCAACCUGAAGUUAUAGAGGGGCAAAUGGCAGAAGAUUACUAUGAUCCUAAUAACCAACCACAAAUAUCGAUCGUACUUCCUCCAAAUACUCAACUUGGUCCAGCUAUGAGUGCGUAUGCUCCGAUGCAAACUGUUGUGCCACAACAACCACAAUAUGCUCAAGCACCUACGUACUAUAACUGGACACCACAGUAUUACCAGAGUUACACAUAA